AUGCAUCUCUGCUCGUCCAACCAUGACGAAUCUUUGAUAAAAAAACAUCCAUUUUCUGCGAAGAUUCAGCGCUUCUUCGAGGUGGAACCGGAUCUCCAUCGCUGGAUCCCCUUCCUGCGGCCGCGCACGGUGCAUCCGGGAGACCUCCAGGAACUUCGGGAGCAAUACCGGGUCGUGGUGGUGAUGACCACCAUCCCCCAGCGCAUCCAGUACACCGAGCCCGUGAUCGAUUCGAUGCUCCGGCAAACCUGGCCGGCCAACGAGAUUUACAUGAGUGUGCCCUAUGUCUACAACCGGACUGGCGAGAGCUACCAGAUCCCAUCCUGGAUGGCGUCGAAGCCGUCGCUGCGGCUCUUCCGCUGCGAGGAUCUGGGGCCCGGGACCCACCUGCUGAACGGUUUACGACUGGAAGAGGAUCCCUGGACCUUCCUGGUGGUGGUGGAUGAUGAUCACAUCUAUGGGCCGGAGCUCAUCGAGCAGCUCAUGCGGAGCGCCUUGGGGAACCCGGGAUCUGCCGUGGCGGCGCAAGGCUUCCUGUCGGUGCCCGGGCUUUUGGGCGAGUUGGUGAGCUUGCAAGAGCAAGGCCUUCAGCGUCCACGGUACUUGCAAGACCAGGGCUUUUCUGCUGGGCCAGUGCUGGUGAGCUACUUGGGAGCCUUGCCUCGCGUGGUCUAUCAACGCGGCUUCUUCGACGAGCGGGUCUUCGAGUACGGCUCAGCCUGUCAGCAGUGCCGCUACCAGGAUGACAUGUGGUUCUCCGCCCACUUGGCCUUGAAGGGCAUCCGGCGCUUCGUCUUGGGCGCGGCUCUGGGGGUGCAGGAACUCACGGAGAUGCACCUGGGUCCAGAGUGGGGCUCCUCAGGUCAGCAUUGA